AUGGUAAAAAAGAAGCUGAAAAAAAAGCAUCAGGAGAGAAAGAAAGAAAGAGAUAGGGGAUCAAGCAAAAACAACUCUGAUGCCGAGGAAUCAGAGAAGAGAUUCAGCAAGGAUAGUGCACGAAAUAAGAAAAUAAUUGGUAACAAAUACGAACAACACAGAACUGUAUCUGAAAAUGUGAAAUCUCAUAGUGUAAAAGUGGGUCAUGGAUUUAAAAGUGCUACCAUGAGGAUCCAUAAUCGAGGACCUGCUGGAACAAAAUAUCUGGAUCGUAUGAAGGCCACCUUUUUAUCUUCUUCUAGAGCAUUUAGUGGAAGUGGUUUUUUUGGAAGAAGUGCUAAUAUUUUUACUGUUCCAAGAGAACACAGACCUAAUGCAUCUGUAGAUAAUGUUCAAGGUUCUACAUAUAGGAGAAAUGUAUUACAGCCAGAAUCGGUAUCAAGGAGAUCAAAUGUAAAUGGAGAUGAUAAAAAUAUCUAUCGACUUGUAAGUUAUCUAUUGUCUUUAAUUGAUCUUCUUUGCUUAUCUUUAUUGUGGAUUGGGUUGGCUGUUAACUGUGUUUAUUAG